AUGAGCAAAGGUUUAAAAUUUUCCGGACAUAACUACUUUCGACAACGUUUAAUUCUCGCCACGCUGAGCGGAAAAUCAGUUAAAUUCAAUAAAAUCCGUUCUGACGACAGUGAUCCGGGAUUGCGAGAUUUUGAAGUUAGCUUUUUGAGGCUACUGGAAAAGGUUACGAAUGGAGCAGUAAUCGAGAUUAACUAUACAGGUACCAGUGUAUUGUAUAAGCCAGGGGUGAUCACUGGUGGAGAGUUGCAUCACGACU